AUGUCGCUCGAAUCCGCGCUCGACGAGGAGCGUCGGGCCGUCAUGGACAUUCUGGAGGGGAUCAAUCGAGGGCGCGCGUCGCAUUCGCGAACGAGCAGCCCUGGCGGCACCCAGGUGAAGAGCAUGCUGGAUAUUGGCGACAAGCACACCGCCAAAUUCCUUCUCCCCUCGGACCAGGAGAAGGCCGAACAGCGCAAGAAGCGGGAGGAGGAGCUCAAAGCCUGGGGCGCCGCCAGAGCCUCUUCGCCGCAGACUGCGGGCGCGAGAGCCCGCAGCCCGUUGGCGGGCGAUCCCGAGGAUUCAUACCAGUUCAACAUGCUCCCCUCCAUUGAUUCCCGCGUGCCAAAGCGAGUGACACAGGGCGGGAAGAAAGGUAAGCAGCGCGCCAUGGCCAGCGUGUUUGGAUCCGGGCCAGGGAACAGUGGCGGCCGACGCAACUCCACGGGCAUCAUGGGAAAGAGCAAGUCCAAGUCCCCCGCUGCCCGGCUCCGGAAUGAUUCCCCCGGGAGAAUGUACCGCAACAGCAAUUUCAUGGUCGACCCAUCAAAGUACGUUACGGAAUCUGGAAGAUCCAUCGACAUGAACAGUGCAUAUCGCAGAUUGUCUGACGCGGCCCUCCUUCGCUCUGGUGGUAGCCUGGCAGCUUUGCCCUAUAGGAAAGGAUCCGAUCCCACGAGAGGCGAAUCUUCAAUCCCAGGUGGCGGUGUGCGCCUUGAGAAAGACUACUACGCAGACGACGACGACGACGCAAUCGAAAGCAGCGACGACGACGACUCGGAUCUUGAUUCUGGAGAUGAGGGCAGGGGCAGGAGACGCCGGAGAAGCUCCAACAACACAGACAUCAAGGAAGGACUGCCCAAGAGCUUGCUUGCAGCUGCCGAGGAGGACCGCAAAGCCUCUGGCGAGUACAGGGUCAGGUCCCUGCUGGAACCCACGGUCACAGUCACGGGUCCGAACGGCGAGAAGAUGUCACAGAAGAAGAAGGGCGUCCAUCCCACGACAAACUUCGAUGCAGGCGGAUCGGGCAUGUCGACGCCCAUGACAUCGGACACGGAGCAAGACAUUUCAGAGAUCAAACGCGCCCAACGAAUGGCUAUGACCAUGUCGCCAAUCCAUUCAACGCCCGCAGCUCAUCGCUGUAUCCGCCAGAUCAUCCGCGGUGACUACGCCGGAAUGCAAAGAGAAGCAGAGAGGGGCUUGCGUCGCCAACGCAUGUACCUUGUAGCUACCGAUCUCAGCGAGGAAGCAGCCUACGCGCUUGAAUGGACCAUUGGUACUGUCUUGCGCGAUGGUGACACGCUUCUUGCUGUGUAUGCUGUCGAUGAGGAAAUGGGUACUGGAGGCGAGUCCGGAGCGGUUGGCAUCGGCGAAGGCGCCCAGAUGAUGCGUGACACUGCCAGUCUUGUCAAGACUUUGUCGUCCAAUCAGCGUGUGAUCGAUGACGGACACUCGAAGUCAAAAAGCCGCCACCAGAGUAUCGGGCCGUCACCAUUGCAGCAGAGUUUCCGACCCCCGGACGAUAGCGAUGCAGAGCAGCAAGAGCCUGAUCUGGCAAAUAUGGACAAGUCCGAGCGUGAACGCUGGCAUGCUACGAUUGAGGUCAGCGAUCGCAUAGUCUCGCUUCUUCGGAAAACGAAGCUCCAAGUUCGAGCUGUCCUUGAAGUUUUCCACUGCAAGAGCCCGAAGCACAUGAUUACUGAAGUGAUCGAUUUCUUGGACCCCACACUUGUUAUUCUUGGAUCGCGAGGUCGCAGCGCGCUGAAGGGUGUCCUACUCGGCUCUUUCAGCAAUUACCUCGUCACCAAGUCGUCUGUGCCGGUCAUGGUAGCGCGGAAGCGACUGCGCAAGCACAGCAAGUACAAGCGCGGAAACCUGCGCUUGUCUAACGUGCUCUCGAAUCCUGCGUCGAGGUUGGCUUCUGCCAAGGUUGACUAA